UAAUAGGACAUGGUUUCAAAAUUUCUUUACUUUAUUGUAUAGAAAAAAGAGUUUUGUACCAAUCUUCGUACAUUCUAGUACUUUAUAGAAAAUAAAAUAAACUUCAAACACGGAACCGGAAAUUCAUAAGAUUAUAUUGUCGAGCAACUUAAAACGGCAUAACCACAAGCCAGGAAGAAAAUGAAUUCGGACAUCAUAAAACACAUGCUGAACAUAAAGAUAGACGGUCUCAAAAUUCUAAAAUGGCGUCUGAUGGAUACUUAAUCCCAACUCUGCAGGACAUUGAGAAAUCCGUGUUGGAACUCAGUAGUCAAGUUCGAUUACAGAGUGCUUUUCUGGACUGUCAAAUAGAGAAGUUAGAGCAAGAUCCAGACACAGAUUGUGUAGUGAGUGAAAACGAGGCUGAGAACAUUCUUGCUCGGACUAGCAGUCUACGAGCUGAACUGGAGAAAUUUAAGUUGAAUUUGAAAAAGUAUCAAGAAGUCACGAAAGAAAAGAGAAAUAGCA